AUGGAAGUCACAUACAUACCCUUUGAUGCCUCUAUAGCCCAUACGAGGCGUAAGCCUACUCAUACGCAGUACGACUCGUACCGCCAAAGACUAGGGACUUCACCCAACGGUCGAAGUUCCCUAGACCACGGCCGGUCCUCCAAAUAUGAAGACAAGUACUUCAUGGGUCGCGAACCACGUCGUGCACGUGACCACGCGGCUCCCAUGAUGCCAGAUGAGAGUAUGCCGCUGUACCCUGCAUCAAGACGUCGUCAAUCGAUCGUGAUGCCGUCAGCGACAUCACCUGGCUACUCACCAUUAGCAGUGCCCGUAACACCGCCAUACAGGCACGGUCAGGAUGAGAAGGAUCGAUACUACCUCGCGCAUGAGCCCGCCAGAAUAGCUUCAAGGGUUGACGUGCCCUACAGCUAUGGGCAGGUCAUUGAGAGCAGGCGAAGCCGGAAUCACGGCCAUGCAAGAUCUGGAGCUCGAAGGUUGACCCCGGAGUCUCCCGAUACCCGAGCUCUGCAGAUCCUGGGCACAGGCCUCGAGAAAGACGUGCGCUUUCGUGAUAGGGAUAGCCUCAUUGCUGGAUUAGGGGAGCGGUUGACAGGAACGUAUGAGUAUCGGCCGAAGCCAUCCAGUCCUGACUAUGACCGGCUUCUCGAUCAGCCCUUGGGCACCAGGCGUGGCCGCGCCAGCACCAGCAAAGAACCAGUUCCGCGACUGCCUAGCCCCGACCACUCCAGGGAGAGGCAGAGGCGGCAGAGAACUCAUCCUCCGGCAGCACCUCAGAUCUCAAGGCUCCCCACGCCGGACUUCGAGAUGGAUUCCAGUGAACGGGACUUGGCGGAUUACCGCUUUUGCGCAUGUUGCGUCUCCGAUGACGAGGAGUGUGAUGAAGCGCGGUGGAGAAAAGGGAAAGUCAAGAUGGACAGACAAGGUACAUUUUCUUCCGCCUAG